AUGGUGGGAACCGACCUCCACUCGCUCGCCCACGAGAUCAGGGCGUGUGGGAGCUCCAAGGAUCUGGGAGAGGCCCGGCGGAUCCACGCGGUCGUGCGCGGCAGCGCGCAUUGCCACAGCGCCCAUCUCGCCACUCUGCUGCUGGAGAUGUAUGGCAAAUGCGGCAGCCCGCGGGAUGCCAAGCGCGUCUUUGAUUCCAUCCCCGACCCCAGCGCAAUCCUUGUCCGAAAGCUCGUUUCGGUGUAUGGAUUGAACGGGAAUCUGGAAGAGGCCAAGACGAUCUUUGAUUCGAUCAAGGAUCCCAGCACUGUCUGCUGGAACACGCUCCUCUCAGCAAAUGCUCAGCAAGGGCAUCUGGAAGAUGCCAAACGCAUUUUUGACACUAUACCUCUCAAGGACACUAUUUCUUACAACAUCAUGGUAGCCGCGUAUGGAAGCCACAGGCAACCCGACAAGGCGAAACGGAUAUUCGAGGAGAUACCCAACCCGGAUGUAGUCUCCUGGAACAGCAUUAUUCGCGCACUUGCCGGGAACGGGCGUCUAGCAGAUGCCAAAGCCAUGUUUGAGAAUAUGCCGAGGCCCGACGUGGUGUCUUGGACAGCCGUGAUUCAAGCCUACGCGGAGAACGGGCGGCUGAAAGAAGCCAAGGAAUACUUUGACAAGAUGCCCGACAGAAACGUUGUUUCCUGGACGACUAUGCUCGCAGCUUUUGCCAAGAGUGGGAAUUUCUCGGAGGCGAAGGAGAUGUUUGAUCGAAUGCCCGAGAGGCAUGUAAUCUCCUGGAACGCGAUGGUUUCGGCUUACGUCCAGGUCGCGAAGAUUCAUGAAGCGAAAGAAAUGUUUGAUGCGAUGCCGGAGAAGACCGAGGCGAGCUGGAAUUGUUUGCUCGCUGGUUAUGUUCAGUAUGGUCAUGUGGAUCAGGCAAAGAGCUUGUUUGAUAGAAUGCCGAGGAAAACUCUCGUGUCUUGGAACUCGAUGAUCUCCGGCUUUGCUCAGAGCAGCGAGGUGGAGGAAGCUAGAAAACUAUUCGAGCGAAUGCCGCGGCGUGACGUACCAAGCUGGAACACGAUGAUCACGGCCUACUCGAUGAAUGGGAACUUGCGUGAGGCAAGGAGAUUAUUCGAGGAGAUGCCCCUCAAGGAUGCAGUGUCGUGGACUGCAAUGAUCCACGGGUAUGCCGAAGGUGCUCUCGUCGAGAAAGCUCGAGAGCUCUUCCAAGCCAUGCCUCGCAAGACGGUGGUGGCUUGGACGCUGAUGAUCACGGCCUACGCGAGGGUGGGCGAUAUGGAUCGAGCCCAAAAAAUGUUUGAUGCUGCGCCUUACAGGGACUUGAUAUCGUGGAACGCUUUCAUGUCCGGCUAUGCGAGCAUUGGAGAGGUGGAAAACGCGCGAAAGAUCUUUGAGAGAAUGCCCGAGUGGGACCUUGGAUCCUGGGUUCACAUGAUGAAAGCUUACGCGCAGCACGGGCAGAUCAGAGAGGUUGCCAGAGUUUUCCGCGAGAUGCCCGAGCAGAACACGCUCUCGCGAAACGUGAUGAUCCUCGCCUUCGUUGAAAACGGAGAGCUGGAACAAGCAAAGUUUACUUUUGAUUCCAUGCCGCAGCCGGACAUGGUUUCCAGGAACAUUAUGAUGCUCGGCUACGUCCAAGACGGUCGUCUUGAAGAGGCAGAGAAAAUCUUCCAGAGCUCUCCAGAGAUUGACAAGUUCUCGUGGAACACUAUGAUCUAUGGAUAUGCGGAUCAAGGGUUCUUGAGUGACGCAAAAGAAGCGUUUUACACUCUUUGCUUCGAUCGAGAUGUUCUUGCCUGGACUUCGAUGAUCAAGGCUUACGCUUUCAAAGACUGCUUCAAGGAGGCCAAAGCUAUCUUCGAUCGAAUGCCUGAGCUGGACGUAGCAGCAUGGAAUGCAAUGAUCGGGUCAUACUCCAAGAAAACCCACGAAAGCUCUCUCGAGCUCUUUCAAGAGAUGGCUAUGGAGGGGUUCUCCUACGACGAGAUAAGUUUCACUGCAGUCUUUAGCACAUCUAGUCACGUUGGCUGCUUGGAGAAGAGCCACCAGUGCUUCACGUCUAUGAGCUUCGACCAUGGAUUGAUCCCAUCGAGAGACCAUUACGCUGGAAUGGUGGAUAAUCUCAGUCGUGCAGGACAGCUUGGGAGAGCUCAGGAUCUGAUGAACAACAUGCCGUUUGUCCCUGAUGCAGCGAUUUGUUCGACAUUGCUCGGUGCUUGUGAAGUUCAUGGCGACGUAGAGCGAGGGAGCGACACCGCUCUCCGGAGCUUCCAACUGGAGCCAUCCGCGACAGCCCCAUAUGUGUUGCUGUCCAACAUUUUGGAGAGGAAACGUCAGGAGGUGCUUUGAUACUGUAUAAAUCAACCAAACCUGUUAAUGUUUUUAAUGUUUUUUAUCUUU